CUUUUCUCAUCUUUUGUACCUCCAGAACCCACUUUCGACCACGGGUCUUGCACAGUGCUGUUUUCUGGCCCAUUGGUGCAUAUUGAUAUUAUGUUAUGCUCUUUUUUUGCCGCCUGUUCUUCUUGGUGACGUUCCGACCGAACACUGUAUAGAAUUCGUGUGCAAAGACAUGGUGAUGGAAGGCGACCCAGUCAGCGCCGCCUCUGCGACGAUGGGCGCGCAUAGAGGUCGAAGGCGACGAGGAAAGCGAGACGUUUUUCAAGGUUCCGCCAGUUGGAUAAGCAGUGUUAUAAAUCUCGUGAAUACAAUCGUCGGCGCCGGUGUUCUCGCCAUGCCCCUCGCCGUCGCACAUAUGGGAAUCGUUCUUGGUAUAUUGGUGAUCAUCUGGUCGGGAGCGGCGGCGGCCUUCGGGCUGUACCUACAAGCGCGAUGUGCACAAUAUCUAGAUCGAGGCUCUGCUUCCUUCUUCGCACUCUCUCAAAUUUCAUAUCCUAAUGCAGCCGUUAUUUUCGAUGCUGCGAUCGCGAUCAAAUGCUUCGGAGUCGGCGUGAGCUAUCUGAUUAUAAUUGGUGAUCUGAUGCCCGGGGUAGUUGAAGGAUUUGUCGGUGGUACACCGGCAAGCGAGUUCUUGGUAGACCGUCAUUUUUGGAUAACUGCCUUCAUGCUUAUCGUCAUUCCCUUGUCUUUCCUCCGUCGUCUGGAUUCUCUGAAGUAUACAAGCGUCAUUGCCUUAAUCUCGAUUGGAUACCUGGUUAUACUAGUCGUCUAUCAUUUUGGCAAGGGGGAUACGAUGGCUGAUCGGGGUCCUAUUCGCAUUAUCCAAUGGGCAGGAAUUGCCCCGGCUCUCAGCAGCUUUCCUGUCAUUGUAUUUGCAUAUACAUGCCAUCAGAACAUGUUCUCCGUUUUGAACGAAAUUCGAGACAACAGCCACUUCCAGACCACUAGCGUUGUUUUCGCCAGCAUCGGCAGCGCAGCUUUCAUAUAUAUCCUCGUUGCGAUCACCGGCUACCUUUCUUUCGGAAAUAGCAUUGGAGGAAAUAUUGUGGGGAUGUACCCAACAUCGGUAUCCGCAACUAUUGGGAGAGCAGCGAUUGUUGUGCUUGUCAUGUUCUCCUAUCCUUUACAGGUUCAUCCAUGCCGCGCAUCAAUGGAUGCUGUGUUGAAAUGGCGCCCCGCGCCAAAGGUAGCUAAUGCCAAUGAUGGUUCGCCUCAUCGAUUCCCUCUUUUACCCCGAGCAAACCGCAGUCCUGAACCCAUGAGUGACCUUCGUUUUGCAGCCAUCACGACUAGCAUCAUAGUUUUGAGCUUCAUUACUGCCAUGACUGUGUCAUCCCUUGAGGCUGUUCUGGCAUACGUGGGUAGCACGGGCAGUACAAGCAUCAGUUUCAUUCUGCCUGGACUGUUUUACUAUAAAAUAUCUUCUCCCGAAUCGGCCGCACACCAACAAUUGAUGAAAGAAGACGACGAGGCAGACGACGAUACAAUCUCUGACGAUGGUGUAUCCGGCGAAGAUCACCAAAGUCUCUUGAGCGGAAGUGGAAUCCUCACAUCCAGCGCCAUUCUGGGCGGCACUCGACACCAACGAAAGAAUCUUCUUCGAAAACUCAGUCUUGCUUUGACAGUAUACGGUAUCGUCGUGAUGGUUGUCUGUCUCGUCAUGAAUACGUUUUUCCACGUUUCCAAAGAGUCAUAAUAUAACAUUUGACUAGAUAUUGCUCUUCGUUUUCUGAGCGCGCGUGACGAUGUUCCGUAUCAUGACCAUUAUUUUGUAUAUAUACUUUUGUUAUUCUCUCUAGCUCUUAAUAUGCUUACAUUAUCUCAUUAAGCGGGUAGGAAUCGUUGUUCCUAGUUGGUGAGUUUGGUUGUAGUGGAUUAUUUUUACGUGCAGGCGUCUAUUUUUAUUCGGCUAUUGAUUAUACAUGUUUACACUCUUGAAACACUCGUUCGUUGUAUCAAUUUGAUAGAGUAAAGUGAUUGAUUACUGAUAUGUAUGUAUUGAAUGGCAAUUUCCACAUUCGUUGAUGACGGAUAACCAACAUUGUAAGUUGGGUCCAGUGACUUUGAAGGCUUUGCUUUUAUUGGGGGUUGCACAUAUAGAAGAAACUUGUAUCGGCAU